AUGCUUCGAUUCACGAAGAGGGAUCUGUACAACUACGUUCACAGCCAGAGAAUAGCUAAAAUAGCCGAUGGGGACGCAGCAGCAACGAUAAGUUAUCUGGAGGGUAAGACCAAUGCCAACAUGAUGACAGUUGCUAGAUAUACCAAGACAAUGGAGGAUCAACUUGGUAGCCUUCUCUGGGCUGAUGAGCAGAUGACGGCAGAUUACAAGUUGUUUGGUGACGUGCUUGCAUUCGAUGCAACAUACCAGUCGAACAAGUACAAGAAGCCACUAGUCGUCUUCUCUGGUUCCAAUCACCACAAGCAGAUGACAAUUUUCGGGUUUGCAUUGCUGGAGGAUGAUAAGGUCCGUACCUAUCGGUGGGUUUUGUUGAACAUUCUUGAUAUCAUGGGUGACAAAACGCCUUCCGUUGUGGUCACCGAUGGCGAUAAAGCUAUGCGGGCAGCUAUUGCGGAAGUGUUGCCCUCCUCCAGGCACCGCCUAUGCGCCUGGCACUUGGAAAAAAACUGUGUGAUGCGGGUCAAAGAUCCUCAGUUCCGUAAGGUGUUCAAGAAAGUAGUUUAUGCAAACUUCGACGUGGCGGAAUUUGAGGAGUAUUGGAAGACGGCCGUGGAGAGUUUAGGGUUAAUGAACAAUAGCUGGGUGAAAAGCACGUACGAGAUACGACAUAGUUGGGCAACUGCGUACCUGCGUGGAACUUUUUGUGCCGGCCUUCUAGAAUUGGUUCAGAGAUUGGAUAGAGUUGUGAAAGAUUACCGCAACAAUGAGGUUACGGCCCAAUUUUUUUCACAGUAUUACACACCCGUGCUGACUACUGGACUUGACAAGAUCGAGUUGUUUGCUUCUCGUAUAUACAUAAGAACCGUGUUCAAGGAGGUGAGGAAACAAAUCAAAGGGGUUAGCAGUUUAUUGUUUGUGGCAAAAGACAGUAUAAGCAUGACAUCUGUGCAUUCCUUGUUGCCACAUAUUCUGCGUGAUGAAGUACGAGGGCCUAAAAAAAUUCCAUCGGGUUUAAUACUGAGGCGGUGGUGUAAGGAUGCCAAGGAAUGGCCGGCGAUAGCAUCGGAUGGGAUGGAUGGCCAUAGCAACCGGAUACUACGGUAUGGGGCUCUGUGCAGUGCAUUGAGUGUCGUUGCGAAGCUUGCAUCGGAAGACGUAUCCGACUUCGCGGUGGCGAGGGAAGCAAUAACCUCGUUGGCACAGAGGCUUCAUGGCCGACGGGAAAACAUUCGCGAGGGACAGUCUGGAGGGAGGUAG